AUGUCGCCAUAUCCAGAAGCCAUCACAGUCUGUGUGACAGUGGAAACUGUGGACCAGCUUGCAGAAGGUGGUUAUCCUUCACAGUCCUCUACCCUCUCCCAAGAGCAUCAGAAAAUGAACAUACUCCAAGCAUCAGUGUCAUUCAAAGAUGUGACUGUGGAGUUCACCCAGGAGGAAUGGCUACAAAUGGGUCCUCUUCAAAGGACCCUGUACAGAGAUGUGAUGCUGGAGAACUACAACAACCUUGUCUCAGUGGGAAACUGCAUUUUCAAACCAGAGGCCAUCUUCAACUUGGAACAAGGAAAAGAACCUUGGUUCUUAGAGGAAGAAUUCUCAAACCAGAGUCACCAUGGUUUCUGUGAUGUCUGUGAAAAUUUGCCUUUCAAAAUUAACUUUGAGAGAACUCAUACUGGAGAGAAAUUUUAUCAAUAUAACAAAAAUGGGAAAGCCUUCAGUUACAAGGAAAAUCUUCCUGAGCAUCAAAAGUGCCAAACUUUCAAGCAAGCUUUUGAAUGCACUGAAACUGAAAAACUUUAUGAUGAUGGUGCCUGUAUUACAAAUGAGAGUACUCACACAGGAGAAAAAUCCUGUAAAAAUGAUGAAUUUAGGAAAAACUGUGAUACGAUAAGUCUCUUUGACCAAAAAAUAACUGUCAUGGGAGAAAAAUGCUCUAAUCUUAAGCAGUGUGGGAAAUCCUUCUCUGAGAAGUUACCUGUCAAGGAAUACAAUACAUUUAAUAUGGCUGUGAAACACUAUGAAUGUAGUGCUAGUAGGAAUAACUUCAACAGGAGGUCUCAUCACACUGAGCCUCAGAGAAUUGUCACAGAAGAGAAUGUAUUGGUAUGUAAUGACAAAACACAAACUGGGGAUAAAUCCUUUGAAUAUCGUGAAAAUAGGAAAUUAGCCCACAGAGUAUGCCAGAGAACUCACUCUCAGGUAAAACCCUAUAAAUGUGAUGAAUGUGAGAAAUCCUUCUGCCAAAAAGGACAUCUCAUUCAACAUCAGAGAACCCACACAGGAGAGAAACCCUUUGAAUGUAAUGAAUGUGGAAAAACUUUCUCCCAGAAAUCACAUCUCAGCACGCAUCAGAAUCACACAGCAGAGAAACCCUAUAAGUGUAAAGAAUGUGGGAAAACAUUUGUCCAGAAAUCAACUCUCAGGGGACAUCAGAGAAUUCAUACAGGAGAGAAGCCCUAUGAAUGUAGUGAGCGUGGGAAAACUUUUGUUCAAAAGUCAACCCUCAGAGACCAUCAUAGAAUUCACACAGGGGAGAAAUCAUUUCAGUGUAAUGAAUGUGGGAAAACUUUUGGCCAGAAAUCAAACCUCAGAAUACAUCAGAGAACUCAUGGUGGUGAGAAAACUUACCAAUGUAAUAUAUGUGAAAAGUCCUUCUGGCGAAAAGACCAUCUCAUCCAACAUCAGAAAACACACACAGGAGAAAAACCAUUUAAAUGUAAUGAAUGUGAGAAAACUUUUGCCAGGACAUCAACUCUCAGAGUUCAUCAUAGAAUUCACACUGGGGAGAAACCAUUUACAUUUAAUGAAUGUGGGGAAAAAAUUGUCAGGAAGGCAAUCCUUAGUGAUCAUCAGAGAAUACAUACAGGGGAGAAACCCUUUGUAUGUAAUAAGUGUGGGAAAACUUUUGGCCAGAAAUCAAACCUCAGAGUACAUCAGAAAACUCACAGUGGGGAGCAAUCUUAUGAAUGUAAUUAA